UCAUGCGAUUGGCCGCACGGUCUCGUACCCUCGUCGUAUAUCGCAGCGUCGCUAGAUUAUAUGACAGUCGGCGUGAAAUAGUCGAAGUGAGCGUGUUUAGAUCGAGAAUUUCGAGUGUAUUUUCGCUUUUUUUUUUCUUGCUGUUACUCGUGAACCGUUCACGAAAGCAAUGAGAAAAGCGUUAAUAUUUUUGUCGGUUCUGUGUCUCGUGGCAGGACUCGCUAGAGCCGAGGAUCAGGUGGAAGAGGAUGUGGGAACCGUGGAGAAAGACCUGGGUGCCAGCCGCGAAGGAUCUCGAACAGACGAUGAAGUGGUUAAGAGGGAAGAAGAAGCAAUAAAGCUGGAUGGGCUGAGCGUGGCUGAGAUUAAGGAACUCAGGGAGAAGGCAGAGAAGUUCACUUUCCAGACUGAGGUCAAUCGUAUCAUGAAGCUUAUCAUAAAUUCGUUGUACCGUAACAAAGAUAUCUUCUUAAGAGAAUUGAUAUCCAAUGCUUCUGAUGCUUUGGAUAAGAUCAGACUGCUAUCCCUUACCGACAAGAACGUUUUGGAUACCAAUCCUGAGUUGGCUAUCAGGAUAAAGUCUGACAAAGAGAAUAAAAUACUCAGUAUAACUGAUUCUGGUAUCGGUAUGACUAAGAACGAUCUGAUCAACAAUCUUGGAACCAUCGCGAAGUCAGGAACGGCCGAGUUCCUGGGCAAGAUGCAAGACGCUUCGACUUCUCAAGAGCUAAAGGAUAUGAUCGGUCAAUUCGGUGUUGGUUUCUAUUCAGCUUUCUUGGUUUCUCACACGGUGGUGGUUACUACGAAGCACAACGACGACAAACAGUACAUCUGGACGUCCGACAGCAACAGCUACAGCAUCGUGGAAGAUCCAAGAGGCGACACAUUGAAGAGGGGAACGACCGUCAGUUUGCAAUUGAAGGACGAGGCGUUGGACUUCCUGGAGGAGGACACGAUCAGGAAUCUCGUGAAGAAGUACUCGCAGUUCAUCAACUUCCCGAUUUAUUUGUGGGGCAGCAAGGUAGUCCAAGUGGACGAAGAGGAGGAGGACGAGAGCAAGAAGGAGGAAUCAGCAGAAGAUAAAGUGGACGAGGAUGACGAGGAGGCGAAGGUGGAGGACGCAGAGGAGAAGAAAUCCAAGAAGGUAGACAAAACCGUUUGGGAUUGGGAGUUGCUGAACGAUUCGAAGCCCAUCUGGACUCUGAAGCCGUCGGAGGUCGAAGAGAAGGACUAUAACGACUUCUACAAGGCGUUGACGAAAGAUACGCAAGAUCCUUUGGCGAAGAUCCACUUCGUAGCUGAAGGCGAAGUCACUUUCAAGUCUCUUCUCUUCAUCCCGAAGGUUCAGCCCAGCGACAGCUUCAACCGCUACGGCACCAAGGCUGAGAACAUCAAACUGUACGUGAGAAGAGUCUUCAUCACCGACAAAUUCACCGACAUGAUGCCAAACUAUUUAUCAUUCAUCCGCGGUAUAGUCGACAGUGACGAUCUACCGUUAAACGUCUCGCGUGAAAAUCUUCAACAGCACAAGCUGAUUAAAGUUAUUAAGAAGAAGCUGAUCAGAAAAGUUCUGGACAUGAUCAAGAAGAUCCCCAAGGAAGAGUACGAGAAGUUCUGGAAGGAAUACAGCACCAACAUCAAACUGGGUGUGAUCGAGGAUGCACAGAACAGAGCAAGACUGUCUAAACUUUUGAUGUUCCACUCGUCCACGCAGAAGAGCCUAACAUCCUUAGCAGACUACGUUUCAAGAAUGAAGCCUAAUCAGCAGUUCAUUUACUAUAUUGCUGGCGCCUCCGAGGACGAAGUGAGGAAAUCUCCGUUCGUCGAAAGGUUGGACAAGAAAGAUUACGAAGUUCUCUACCUCACGGAAGCCGUCGACGAGUACGCGAUCUCCGCGCUGCCCGAAUUCGACGGUAAGAAGUUCCAGAACGUGGCCAAAGAAGGUUUCUCGCUGGACGAGGGCGAGAAGGCCAAGGAGAGGAUGGAGCAGCUGAAGACCACGUUCGAGCCUCUGAUCAAGUGGCUGAACGACGUCCUGAAGGAUCAUAUCAGCAAGGCGCAGGUCUCAGAACGUUUGACGGACUCUCCUUGCGCCCUGGUCGCGAGUAUGUUCGGUUGGACGGGCAACAUGGAAAGGCUGGCUAUCUCGAACGCUCAUCAGAAGAGCGACGACCCGCAGAAGACAUACUAUUUGAACCAGAAGAAGACUCUCGAGAUUAAUCCCAGGCAUUCGCUUAUGAGAGAGCUUCUGAGAAGAGUGGAAUUAGACACUGCCGAUCAAACAGCGAAAGAUAUAGCUAUCAUGAUGUUCAGGACGGCGACGCUCAGGUCCGGGUACAUGCUCAGGGAAACCGCGAGCUUUGCAGACAGCGUGGAGCAGCUGAUGAAGAAGACGUUGGGCAUUUCUCUGGACGAAGUUCCUGAAGAGGAGAUACAGGAGGAAGACUCGGACUCGAAAACGGACGAGAACACCGAAGACGUCGACGCGGAUAAGGACGACGACGAUAAACACGAGGAAUUAUAAUCGAGAAUUGUAUAAGACUCUAUUUUCAUUUAUAAUCGUAUCACUGUACUACGAGGUAUGGUGAUACGAUGAUUCAUCGAAUGAUGCAACGGUGAUUGUUACGAAGGAAGAUGGUCUGUUGUACAGAGAAGAUUAGGAUCGAUUGUAUCCUUUGAUGGCUCUAUCACAAUGUUUCUCUCCUUCCGACUUCUUUUUUCGAUUAUAGUUGGUGAUGCAUCAAAGGAUGUGAUAAUUAUCUCGCUCAUUAAGUUCACUGUCGUAACGCACUAGGAUCGUAAGUUUCAUUCUUGUUAGAAUAGAGUUUAUCAUAAUUUAUUUCAUUUGAUCUUCCACCCCCCCACUUUCUAUAUUUACAGCGAAGGAGGAAUUACUGACUGAACAUAAUAAAAUAUAUAUUGCAUGUUUGUAAUUGCGAAUGAGUGUAUUUGUAUAAAGAAUAUUAAAUGAAAGAAAAAAUGA